AUGGCAGAACCGCCCUACUCCCAAGGGCUCGGCAUCUCGCUGCCCAACUCGCCUUCACGUCAUCCCCCAUCACCACUACGCCACUCCACCCUGGGUUCACCGAGUAAACACGCCGACUAUCCGUCCCCGUCCCCGGGGAAACUGCAGCCAAAGUUGAGGGUGAGGACGGAAGAUCUUGGGCGUGCGGCGCCGCCUGCGUUUCUGUUGAGGCCUACGCAUACGAAGAGUGGGUCGGGAGGUGGGGGUGGGGGUGGGGCGAGUUUGAGGACGACGGGGAUGGGGACGAAGCCGAUGGGGCCGAGGAGGGCGUCGGCGGCGCAGCUGAAGGAAGCUCCUUCUCCCCGGGUCGAUAACCACCAGCCUACACCUCUUCAAGAACAUUCCCAGAACCCCGAACCCCCUGCGCAAGCUCAACAGACCCACUAUCUCUCGCCCUCCCGCCAGCCGUCGGUCGCUUCAAACUUUACGUCGUCCAGCCGGCAGAGCAAACAGAGUCGGAAGAUGAGGAGCUUUGAGAUGGGGAAGAAGGUUUCGAGGCAUGGGACUGAGGGGGGAAAGUAUGCGAAGCUGGCGGGGGAGGAGCAGGAAGAGCCGUUGGGGGAGGAGAAUCAGGCGGAGGCUGAGACUAUUACUCCUCGCCGAUUACCCCCCACGCAAGAUCUUGUCGAGCCCACCUCCCCUCCGCCCAACCCGAGAUCCCCUGCCAGUACCGCCCACCACUUCCUUCCCUCCCAUCAUUCGAGCCAAGAUUCGGGGGAAACGCACUACAGCUUUCCUACGCCAACGUCUUUCCCGACUCCGCCGAAUCAUCAGCCGCGUACGUCGACCUCUGCUCCGAAUGGGUUCAUGCCCCAGAAUCAUUACUCGCCAGGGCCUUACCCUCAGUUCGAGCACCCGCCUCCUCCUCAAGAGCAUAUGCCCCGGUCCCAGUCCCAGCCGAUGCAAAUCUACUCUGUCCCAGAGUUCUUCGACCCCACCUACACUUCCCGCCCGCGUGCCUUUGACGACGCCGACUUUCCUCCCCGCCGAGCGCCCAACAAUGGUCAAGCGUACGAGGGUCACUCGCGGAGUAAGAGUGUAGAGGUGGGGAGGGAGUGUGAGGACGAGGAUCUGCGUUUGAGGCCUUGGAGUGAGAGUACGGCGCCGCACGGGCCUCAGAUGCUUGGACGUCGGGGGAGGUCCCUGUCAGAUGGGGCAGAGUUGCUCGCUAGGCAGGGUACGCUUUUGCAUCCUGCUUCUUCUAAUCAACGGUCUUCUGCGGAGCUGGGUCUAUUACUUGGAGGGCCGAAAUCUAGACGACUAUCGCGCGACAAGCUGCUGCCUCCUCCGCCGAACGAGGCGAGUACGCCGACGAAGAAGGUCAAGCUGGAGGCGAGCAAGAAGGGGAAGGCAAGGGUGGAGGUGGAUGUGGUGCUGGAGAGGGAGUGUGUUGUGGAGGGGGGCGAGGUUCGAGGGAGGAUGGAGGUGAGGAUCAGCGGGGGGAAGGGGAGGGAGGGGCUGCGAGUCGGGAGCGGCAAGGUCCGCGUUGUUGGGUUCGAAGAGAUAUCCCCCUCCAACCGGCACAUCUUCUACCACCACCCUCACGACCUCCCCAUCUUCGACCCCGCCCUCCAGUCCGAACUCUCUUCAUCCCUCUUCGCCUCCGGCCCCGACACCGAUGGCUACCACCUCGCCGCCCAGGGCACCCACUCUGUCCCCUUCCGCAUGCGCCUGCCCCUCGGGGCGGGCGCCAAGGGGACGUAUACCCAUCCUACCGGCAAGGGUGCGUGCGUGCGAUACGUCGUAGUUGGGUCUAUCAAGAUUCAUAUCCCCCAGAACGGCAAGCGCUCUAUCGCCCACUUUUACCGCCCUAUCGUCGUCAUGCCGUAUCUCAAUCCUGCAGUGGUGUUGGCGCCGAGCUCGAGUCCUAUUGAGAUGUAUGUGGAGAGGGGAUUGGGAUGGAGUUUGAAGGGCGAGAGGGGAAGGGUGGAGCUGAGGGUGGGAUUGGGGAGGAAGAUUUGGGUGAGCGGGCAGAGGCUUUGGUGUGAGGUUGGGAUCAGGAAUGAUAGCAAUAAGAAGAUCAAAUCCAUGAGUCUCGCCAUCCUCCAAGACGUCAAGGUAUUCGGCCUCAAAAGUCCCAACCUCAUGACGAAACGCAAAUCCCUCUCAAGUCUCAACAGUGACGCUUCUGCCGACAGCGCCGGCAUCAUUACGGAGAGAAGGAAGGUGUGCGAGGAGCUUACGGAGGCGGACUUUACGAGCCACGGAGCAGGGAGAGUGACGGGCAAGGGGUGGUGGACGGGAGUUGAGCCGGGGGAGAGUGAUCAUUGGGAUAUGAGUUUGCAGGUUCCCGCUGGCAUGCUAUCUAUCAGGCGAUCUCGCCUUGUCGACGUCUCGUACACCCUCCGAGUGACUCUCAACAAUACCAUCUACGUCGACGUCCCCAUCCAGCUCAUCAGCUUCCUGUCUAUUGACCCUCCGCCUAUGCCGAACGAUGAGGCGAGGCCUUGGGCGCCUAUGGUCCCGACUGUAGCUCUCGCUGCCUCCGAUACCAGGUCUCCUCAAUUCCCGCAAACCGAGGCUCAGCAGGCAGCCUCGCCCGGCGCUCUUACGAGCGAGUACGACCAUGGCCCCGCCGCUCGUCCCAGCAGUACCACCCUCCACGUCGAAAACUUUCUCCAACCCCCCAACGCCCAAGCCCGCACCCUCGCUUCUCCCCUCGAGCCUCAUCAACCCCCUCCCAAUCGCACACAGAGCCCAGCUAGCAGCUACACCGAGUCUCGCGACCACUCUCGCAGCCAAUCUGCUCUCGCUUCCGAGCCGCCUGUCUUGCCGGGUCUUCUCAAUAUCCCUUCUUCCUCCCGUUCGGACGUCAAUUCGUUUGAGGGAAUGGACUUUGAAGAUGAAGACGAUGAUGGGAUUGGGAAUACAGUUACUCGUGCUACGCGACGGGCCCAGGGCAGGCAGAUGAGCUUGGCUGUCAUUCAGGCCGAGGCGGAGCAUGAGGAGAGGUUAAGGGCUGGGCAGGAGGAGAUCUCGCAGGAUGAGGUGGUGGAGGAAGAUUUCACGGAGUACUCCGGGAGCGAGUGUACGCGUGAGCUCGACUAUGAUGACGAUAGAGCGCCUUUGCCUAUCGUCGAGGAAGGAGAAAGCACGGUCGACCUUGGCGCCUACACCCACGACCACCAGCCCGCCGCUCCUCAACACGAAGACGAGUGGGACUUUGGCGAAGACGAAGAAGCCGCCGAGACUCCUCGACCCCAGUACGAACCCGAGUCGGGGCACGAGACGUUGCUGGAGGCGAUGGUGGAUGAGGAUAGGCAAGAGCUUGAGGAGGUCAUGUCGAUGUCUGGCCAUGGCGAUAGGGAGAGCCACGCGUGGGACUAUGAAGAUGAAAUGGGCUCUGAGGGCGAGGAGGAUGGAAGGGGGGAGACGCCUCGUCCGAAGGAGCAUUCGCGCUCGCCGAAUCGUUUCAGGCUGUCUGCGUACAAGCCUUCUACGCCUUUCGAGAUCGACAUUCCCAGCGACUCGGACGACUCUCAUCCCUCCGCCAUCUUCCCCGCCAAGCCUGCCGGUGAGAUGCCCGUCAAAGAGGAGCUCGAGACUACGCAGGUUCAAGAGGCUGUCCGACGCCCGAUCGUCCGGGUUCCCUCCCAGCUCAUCUCUGUAGGGGGCGAUAGCCGUCGACCGAGUCUUGCUACGUCUGCUGUAAGCGAUAGUCGGAGGCCGAGUCUUGCAAAGAGUCCCAGCACGCACUCGUUGAGGGCAAAGGCCGGCAGGGGGACGUUGGGCGAGAGGCUGGAGAAUGUGGUCAACAAGGCGGAUAUUGCGUCUUCGCCUCGACGAGCGUCGGUGAUGAGCAGGAAAGAGUCGUUGACGAGUUUGACGGGGAAGCCGGGACCGACGUCUCCUGCGAUGGAGGGACCGGCGGCAAAAGUGUUGCAGAAGAAGAACUCUUUCUCUUUUGCGACGCCUGGCUCGCCUUUACGAGCUCGAGUCAAGGUGGCUCCUUCCCCCGUUGUAUCCCCCACCAAGACUUUGGCCAAACUUCCUCUUACCACCAGCCCUGCCAAAGCCCCCGUCAGACUCCCCUCCGUCAGCAGUCCUACCAAGACAUCGGCCAGACUGCCUUCUGGCACUAGCCCGACCAAGGUCUCGUAUAUGGCGAAGGGUAUGGAAAGGGGAAUGUCGGGCACGCCGAUUAGGUCACAGUCUACCAUCUCGAGCCAGCCACCGCCCCUCCAGUCGUCCAUGAUGUCGGACUCGGCGUCUUCGGAUGGUCGAUAUCUCGAAUCCCCCCCUUCAGACUCGGCAGCUGCGAUGGGGUAUCAAACUUUCUCGCCCCUGAUUUCCACUGCUGGAUCGACCCAUCACGAGUGGGGAGGCAUGCACGAGCUCGGUUCUCCGUUCGACUCCAAAUAUGCUCGAGUUCAUCAAGACUCUGUCAUGUCCCGCCUUUCGCUGUCCCGUCCUCGAUCGCCUCGCAAUCUUGAACCUAUCAACAUUCCACACGACGACGACUCCUCUAUUCGUUCUCGCCCCAUGACCCCUUCAACGCCAUCGAGCUGCCACAGCGUCCUCCCGAGCGUCAAGAACAAGAUAGCGCAGUUGGAGAGUAGAGACGAGGCGUUGAGAAAGUUUUCUGUGGCUGGGAGUGCGAUGCUGGCGCCUAUGGGAUCGCCGAGGAAGGGGGUGGACGGAGCGAGGCAGAGGAAGAGUUAUACGGCGGCGUUGGCACCGAGGGGAGAGAGGUCGGCGAGUGAGGCGUAUCGAAACCCUCUUCCGCGUCAAGUGUCUGGGUCUACAGUCAGGACUACGAAUUCGACGUCGUCGCAGUAUAGCUACGAGUAUGAUCCUCUCUACGCGCCCGAGUCUCCCGCGUACAGUACGCCGACGACACCCAAGAGGGGCAGUCGACUCCCCGAGAGCCCGUCAAAGGUUUCGCUUGCCGGUGCUAGACUGCCAGCGUCGCCUACCUCUUCCCCCGCUUCUUAUCGCAGCGCCGUCUACGGUGCCGGUGCCGGUGCCGACGUGUCGACCUACCCCUCCUACGCCUCUGCCCCGGCGAAACUCGACCCCUUUGGGAUUGGAUACAGCUCGGCGGGAAUCGGGUUGGGGAGUGUGGAGGAAGAUCGAGAGAGGGAGGGGUUGGAGAGGGAGGGGUCGAUGAAGAGUACGAGUACGACGGCGACGGAUGUGGAGAGGGCGUUUAGGUGGAGAGAUUAUGGGGGUCAGAGAGAGGGGGAGAGUUUGGAGAGUUUGCGAUAG